AUUCAUUGCACCACGUGCGUGCUUCCUUUACUAUGCGCCUCCCGAACAAGGAAACACAAUGAAAAGUUCAAGGAACAAACGUCACUCGAGCAUGUUCAAGGUCAUGUCCGGAAAAUUUCUACGGUCCUCGCUGAACCUAUCCCGUCAUUCUGUUAAAAACACGCAAAUAGAAGGUCUCAUCGCAUUUUCCAACGUUGUUUCGAAUCUAAUUGUUACAUUUUGUGGUGUUUCAGUGUGUGAACGUUCAUUGUGA